ACUACAUGUAUUCCAUGUCCAUCCACCUCACUACUCGGCAAAAUUUCAGUCUACUUUCUGCUUUUGCUAUAAAUUCAAGAAUGAACAAAUUUAUCCCACGCUUUCUUCUCCUUACACUCUCUCUUGCUUCACUUUCGUCGCUCGUCUUCACCGAUGAGACCACUCCCGAUUUCUUCUCCAUCAUUUUCCAAUGGCCAAAGGCAAAAUGUGAAAGCAAAGAAGGUUGUUGCCUCCCCAAGAAAGGAAAGCCUGUGUUAAAUGAUUUCAUCAUUUCUGAGUUCAAACCAGUUUAUGCCCAAGAGGGACUGGUUCCAGAAAAUUGCACAACCACAACCAAAUUCCAGCCAUCUAAGAUUGCAGAUUUAGUUCCAAGUUUGGAAAGGUAUUGGCCAUCUCUGACCUGCCCUAGAAGGGACAGUAAGAAGUUAUGGAAAGAAGAAUGGGUGAGGUAUGGAAGUUGUGCAGAAUCAGUUGUUGAUCUGCAUGAUUACUUUGCAGCUGCCCUAAGAAUACAAAAGCAAAUUAAUCUCCUCAAACUUUUGGGUGAUGCAGGAAUCAUACCAAACGGAAAGUAUUAUCCCGGGGAGGCGAUCAAUGAAGCGGUAAGGAAAGCGGGAUUAGGGGACGCGGCAGUAACAUGCCGAGAAGACGAGGAUGGUUUGUACACCAUUCUGGACCAAGUCAUUUUGUGUGCUACUCGACUGGGCAACAAGUUUACAUGCCCCGGCGCUUUCUGGAUUUGUGAUAGCAGAAAUGGCAAUAAAGUUAAAUUCCUCAAACCUUAAUUAAUUACGUACUUAGAGGGAAUAAGUUAUUGGUACAUGGCUAUUCGCCAUGCAAUAGUUUUAAUUUGUUGUACCAUAGUGAUGAAAAUAAAGAAAUAAAUCAUGUAGUACUACAUUAUUAAUAAAGUUCGAUGGGGCUGAAUUGACUUUAUGAAACAAUUCGAUAAGUUUAUUCA